GUAGGGUAAGUGAGAGUUUCUUUAGUGUGUUGGUUACCAUGUGGGCAUGUCAGUCAGUAUUCAAGUUUUGAAUUUGGUUUUGUCCGUGUAAAAUAGGGGUGGCUAGACAUACCUUGCACUCAUGAGAUAUCUGACAUGAUAAUGGCAUAUCAAAUACUUGUCCCUCACAUGUUUCAUAUGGAAUCUACUUCCACUUUGAUGGUGUCUUACUCUCCUCGUCAUAAAACCUGCAACUGUACUUGCCGUUGAGCCUUAAUUUUUUUCUAUCCAGUUGUCAAAUUUCGAUAUACUGUGAUUGUGAAAAUUAUACCCAGUAAUUUUGCUUUUUCAGCCUAUGGAUGUUUCAGGAGUUGGUUGAGUUUUGCAUAACUUCAUUAUAUGAUGUAAGAGUAGGGUUGUUUGCGCCCCUUCUUAUUUCUGCUGUGCUUGUAUUGAAUCAACACAAUGUAACUCAGCGUUGGAUAUUUCACCCUGCUCUUCUACUCAGGUGGGAUGCAGAGCACCUCUCAAGGGACUGGAAACACUGGGGAUAUAUCAGGUGAUACAUCAUGUGACAGGUCACAUGGGAAACAUCUUCCAGAGGAUUUCCCAUUGGUAGCUGUGCUUCAAACCCAGUCUGAUAUAUCUGACAAUGACAGUAGCAUAAGUGAGUACGAUACAGUGGAUUAUUUUCAUGGACACAAUUCUCCUGGCAGUGCUGCCGUGUCGCACCCUGAUCAGGGAGAAUUGGAUAUGAAUGAAGAAACUGCAGUAGCACGCGAGAAGGGCCUAUCUUCGCAGGUAUAUGCAUCUGGAGGUGACCCUAUGUACAAUCCUUUUGAAGGGAAGCCAUUCCUGUGUUCAUUUUGCAAUAGAGGAUUCACUCUUGUGACAAGCUUAACAAGACACAUGCAGAUACAUGCUGAAGAGAGACCUCACGAAUGCACCUUCUGCAAGAAACGAUUUCAAUUCAGCAAUGGACUGAAGAGACACAUGAGAAUCCAUACAGGUGAGAAGCCACAUGUGUGUUCUAUUUGUGACAAAAGCUUCAGUGAAAGCUGUCAUCUCAAGCUACAUAUGGCGGUUCAUUCGGGAGAAAAGAGCCAGCAGUGUCCUUUUUGCGAGAAGACGUACGCCCGAAGAACAAGCCUGGACGCUCACAUCAAAACCCAUACGGGUGAAAAGCCACAUCAGUGUAUGUACUGUGAUAUGAAAUUCAGUCGCGUUGAUACACUCUCAAGACACACAAGAUCUCAUACAGGUGAAAAACCCUAUGUGUGCUCAUUUUGCAACAAGACAUUUUCACAAACUGCCCAUCUAACAAGACACGUAAGAAUCCACACAGGAGAGAGACCCUUUCAUUGUGAGUCUUGUGGCAAAACUUUCUCUGACAAGAGUCGGCUUGUGGAUCAUCAGAAAAUUCACACGGGAGAAAAGCCGUUUUCGUGCUCAGUUUGUGAGAAAAAGUUUGGAAAAAAGAACGAUUUCAAACGUCAUAUGAGGAUCCAUACAGGAGAGAAACCCUAUCUGUGUUCUGUUUGUGGGAAGAGCUUUCGGGAAAGGAGCACUCUUAAAGUACAUAUGAAAACACAUUCUUUUUACUCAGGUGGGAAGUCAAGGAAUUUGUCUCAAAGAAGGAUUCAGGAAAUGUCAGGUGAUAGGUCGCAUGGGAAACAUCUUCUAGAUGAUACGGUGAGUGAGGAUGAUUCUUAUCCUGCACCAAACCCAGUGGAUUGUUCUCGAAGAGAGGUGGAUCUUAAUGAUAGAAGAUUGGAAGUAGAUGCAGACAUCAAACUGGAGCGUGGUGCGAACUGUGAAACAACUUGUGCAGGAAGCAUACAGACUUCUUCUGUUUGUUCAAUAAGAAAUGAAACACAUUCGUCUUCUAGCAACCCAGUGAAAGAUAAGCUUUUCGCCUGCUCUGUUUGCAACAGACAAUUUAUGCAUAGGUCUUCUCUAAACUCUCAUAUGAAAACCCAUGUAGAAGGAAGACCUCACGGGUGUUUUGUUUGCAAGAAACGAUAUCUGCAUCUAUCUAGUCUCAGAGCUCAUAUGCAAAGUCAUACAGGAGAAAAACCCUAUGCAUGUUCUAUUUGUGACAAAAGAUUCAGUCAUCCCAGUAGUCUUAGAGCACACAAUGCUCUCCAUACAGGAAAUAAACCACAUCAGUCUUCACUUUGCUCAAAGACAUUUUUGGAGAGAGAUCAUUUGGUUUCACACCAACGAACACAUGUACGUAAAACAGGAAGUAUACAGUCUACUCGAGUUUGUUCAAGCAGAAAUCAAAGGCUUCAUGAGUGUUCUUUGUGCGAGAAAAUGUUUGUGCGUGCAUAUGAUCUCAGAACUCAUAUGCGAAUUCACACAGGAGAAAAACCUUAUGCGUGUUCUAUCUGUGACAAAUGCUUCGGUGAUGCCAGUAAUCUCAAAGCACAUAUGGCUCUCCAUACAGGGGAAAAACCGCAUCAGUGUUCACUUUGCUCACAGACUUAUUGGAAGAGGGAUCAAUUGGAUGCACAUGAAAGAACACAUUUAAGUGAAACCGGAAGUUUACCGGAAGGGCAAUCUUCCAAUAACCCGGCAGACGAAAAACCUUUUAGGUGUGCUAUUUGCAACAAAGGAUUUUACCAAAUAUCUUAUCUUGAUAAACAUUUGAGAACCCAUGGAGAUGAAAAGCCUCAUGAAUGUCCCGUGUGCAAGAAAAGAUUUCUGCGUGGCUCUAAUCUUGGAAGACAUAUGAGAAUUCAUACAAAAGAAAAACCUUACAUCUGUUCUAUUUGUGACAAAACCUUCAGGUUUGACAGUAAUCUCAAAGCACAUAUGGCUCUCCAUACAGGGGAAAAACCACAUCAGUGUUCACAUUGUUCAAAGACAUUUUUGAAGAAAGCUCAUUUGAUUGCACAUGAAAGAACUCAUACGAGUGAGAACCCCUUUUCAUGCUUGGUGUGUGAUGCAAGAUUUAGUAGUACACAUGAGCUGGUGGAACACAGAAAUACACACGCAGGAAUGGAAACCAUUGUAGUGUCCAUUAUUCCCACAUAAAACCCUACACCAGAUACAAACCUUAUGCGUAUCGUCAUUGUGACAUAGCGAGAUCUUCUCACCUAUGCUAAAAGAGUUGAUAUAGGGUGGCAUUUGCUCCAGUAGAAAUGCUAAGGGCUUUAUUUCAUCCAAGAUAUAGGGUUAGUGUUAGGGUUUUAUUUUAGUUUUAGGGUUAAAUUUAGGGUUACACUUUGUAAUUCCAAAGGUUCGUAAGUCUGAAACACGUAAAUUACCUAUACCUCAAUGUUCGUU